CAUUUACGCAUUCCUCGAACUCUGAAAACACACUGUGACACGGCUCUCUCUCUCCGUUACGAGUAACGCGUUGCUUCGCUCUCAACGAGAAUAUCAAGGGAUUGAGAAUGUUCGAGAAAUCGAAGAAACAAACGUGUUUUGUGACUGAAGAAGAUAUAUCCACUCUCUUACAAAGGUAUAAUGCAACAACAUUGCUGGGAGUGUUGGGUGAGGUGGCAGCACAAGUUGCAGCAGAUGAUAAAAUCGACUGGAAUGCAUUGGUGAAGAAGUCUACAACUGGGAUUACUAAUGCAAGAGAGUAUCAAAUGCUAUGGCGCCAUUUGGCUUAUCGACAUGAUUUGCUUGAUAAAUUAGAUGAUGCUGCUCAACCUUUGGAUGAUGAUAGUGAUUUAGAAUAUGAGUUGGAAGCUUUCCCUACUAUAAGCAAUGAAGCUUCAGCAGAAGCUGCAGCAUGUGUGAAGGUACUGAUUGCUUCUGGUGUUCCAAAUGAUACCAAUAUGUUAAAUGGUUCAACGGUUGAGGCUCCAUUGACUAUAAAUAUACCAAAUGGCCAAACUUCUAGAACUGGUGUGGAUAAUUCAUUGCAUGGUGCUUCUAUUUACGGGACAAAUAUUACCGUCCCAGUUGCAGUGCAAAAACAACCAUUGUCAACUGUGGCGGCUGCUGAGGGAUUGGAUACCCAUGGACCAGCUUGUACCAACUUGCCUCCUCGGCGAAAGCGUAAACCAUGGACAGACACAGAAGACCUGGAACUCAUUGCUGCGGUCCAAAAAUGCGGUGAAGGAAAUUGGGCAAAUAUAUUGAAAGGGGACUUCAAGGGAGAUAGAACAGCUUCACAACUCUCUCAGAGGUGGGCCAUUAUUAGAAAACGACAGGGAACCAUUGUCGGGAAUGGCUCGCAGCUUUCAGAGGCUCAGCUGGCAACUCGUCGCGCAAUGUCACUGGCUCUUGAUAUGCCAAUCAGCGUUAGCGUGGGUCAAAAUUCAGGCGCUAGACCUAGUAACUCUUCACAUUCUGUUGUUGCUGACUUUGCAUCUGGUGGUGCACAAUCCCAGCAUCAGCAAGAUCCGUUGUCGUCAAAAUCUCGGAUAGUUCCAAAAAAGCCAUUGCCAAAACCUAAUACGAGCCCAGAUUCAAUGGUCAAAGUUGCUGCUGUGGCUGCAGGUGCUCGCGUUGCUACCCCUUCAAAUGGUGCCUCAUUGCUCAAGACAGUAGAGUCCAAAUCUACCGUCCAAAUACCUGGAGGAGGUCCAUCAGUAAAAUCUCAUAUCCCAGUUAGUACAAAUGGCUUGCCCAGUAAUGUGCACUUUAUUCGUACCGGCCUGGUGUCCCAUUCCACAAGCCCAUCAAAUGCCUCACGGCCUGGAACUCAGCAGGUGCUUGGCCACUCUUUGAAACGUGUAUCACCGGCAUUUCAACUUAGCCCAGCUGGUACUUCAUCUAGACCAAAUGCUUCAGCUGCACCUAAUGCCUCAAUAUGUGCUCCAGUUGCUGAGCUUGACGAAAAUACUAAGCAAAAGCUUCUUCAAAAAAGUCAAACUACCGCUCUGUCUAGUGCACAAAGUGAGAAACAAGUAGGAGUUGUAGGUGCUUCUGGUGAUAAAGCACUACCACCACAAGUCCAACAAGAUAAACUUCUUGCAUCAAGCAACCCUUUGAUAGAAAAAGUUGAAGAUCAUACUUUAUCAUUCGGUGAUGAAGUGAAUGAGCAUAGACAAGAGGAUCAAGAUUCUGUUCCAGGCAUUCAGGUUCAAGAAAAGUUAAUAAAUGAUACAAGUAAGCCUAGUAAGGCACCAACUAGAACUGAGAAUAGGAGAGAAUGAAAUGGAGUGACUGGGUUGGACCAACUAUGCAUGUAAAGUUAGAUUCAUGUUAAUUAUUCUUAUCUACCUUUUGGUAUUUUGGCUUUCUUCCUGCUUCUUUAAUGUAAAUGUGUAGGUUUCUCCUAGGUGUUGUCUAUACUUGGGUAACAAAUUACAGUUCCUUGAGUUAAUUAUUGACUAUCUCCAUGCAUUAUUAUUUCGUUAUCA